AUGGCGCCAAACAAAAAUCACCUUUAUCAGUAUGCCAUCGAACAUGGAAUAAAUCCCAAAGAAUUUUCGAUUAUUACAGGGGCUGAGAAAAAUAGGUGGACCACGGGAUGUUUUCGUGGGGAUUUGGAAAGAGAUAUACGUUUCUAUCGUGGUGGAAUAGAAAGAAAAGAAGACCCUAGAAAAUAUCAUAAAUUUUUAACAGAUCGGGAGAGGCUAAUCGGUGAAGAGUUAUUACGUCGCG